AUGAGCUACAGCGCGGAGCCGGCGGCGCUGGCCGCCUCCUAUCGCCACCUCCUCGCGGAGGCCCCGCGGCGCCCCGAGGGGGCGGCGGGCCGGCGGGCGCGCCCGGGCGCCGAGCCGGGGCGGGAGCGCAGCGCCGAGCCGCGGCGGGCGCGGGCCAGCGAGAAGGAGCAGCUGCGGGGCCUCAACGAGCGCUUCGCCGGCUACAUCGAGCGGGUGCGGGCGCUGGAGGAGCGGAACCGGGCGCUGGCGGCGGAGCUGGCGGCGCUGCGGCAGCAGUCGGCCGAGCCGCGCCGGCUGGGCCAGCUGCUGGGCGGGGAGCUGCGCGCCCUGCGCGCCCGCCUGGAGGAGGCGCACGGGGAGCGGGCGCAGGCGGCGCUGGAGCGGGCGCGCCUGGCCGAGGAGACGCAGCGGCUGCGGGCGCGCUGCGAGGAGGAGGCGCGGGGCCGCGCCGAGGCGGAGCAGGCGCUGCGCUCCCGGCAGCAGGCGGCCGAGGGGGCCGCCCGCGCCCGCGCCGACCUGGAGCGGCGGGCGGCGGCCCUGCGGGAGGAGCUGGCGGCGCUGCGCAGCGCCCACGCCGAGCAGCUGGCCCAGCUGGGCGCCGCGCUCCGCGCCGCCGCGCCGCCGGCCCCGGCCCCGGCGGGGCGGCCCGACCUGGCGGCGGCGCUGCGGGAGCUGCGCGCCCAGUACGAGGCGCUGGCGGCCCGCAACCUGCAGGCGGCCGAGGACUGGUACCGCGCCCGCUGCGCCCGCCUCCACGAGCGGGCGGCCCGCAGCCAGGAGGCCGUCCGCGCCAGCCGCCGGGAGGCCGGCGAGUGCCGCCGCCAGCUCCAGGCCCGCCUGGCGGAGAUGGAGAGCCUGCGCGGCGCCCACCAGUCCCUGGAGAGGCAGCUGCAGGAGCUGGAGGAGCGGCACAGCGCCGAGGCCGCCGGCCUGCAGGACACCAUCGGGCAGCUGGAGGACGACCUGCGAAACACCAAAAAUGAGAUGGCUCGGCACUUGAGGGAGUACCAAGACCUGCUAAACGUCAAGAUGGCACUUGAUAUUGAGAUAGCUGCCUACAGGAAGCUGCUGGAGGGAGAGGAGACCCUCUUCAGCACGGGAAGCGUCGGCCUUUCAGCGCUCAAUCCCCUCCCCAACCCCACUUACUCCUUCCAGCCAAGAGGCUUUAGUUCCUCUACUCUGUCCUUCAAGGAGGAGGACCAAGGAGAGGUUAUUAAAGUGACCUCUAAAAUAUCAUCCAGCAGGGCUGAGAUGAUUGAGGGGACCAUAACCUCUGCCAGGAAAAGAGGGAGAUUAAAUGUGCAUGAAGGAAUCAUUGCGAAUGCAAAAAUGUAAGCGUCAGGACCCCAUCCGUCUUGCAUUUAAGGGGGAACAGUCUCCACUCGGCC